AUGGACCAACUCAGCGACUUCCUCGCCAAACACCCCGGCAUCCAUCAUGCUAGUCCUUCAUCCCCAGACUUUGAGAGUCUACGUGAGGGUUAUGUGAUUAAUACCAUAGUCCCAGCGAUGAUUAUGCGACCCGGUUCAGCUGAAGAUGUGGCUGGCCUCGUCCGGGUUCUGAAAGAAAACAACUUUCCAUUCUCCGUUCGGGUAGGUGGUCAUGACAUGUUUGGUCGAUCCCAGGUGCAGGAUGCAGUGACUAUUGACCUGCGGGAGAUAGCCUACAUCCAUGUCAACCGUGACAACGGCACUGCUCGUCUCGGGGGUGGCGUGCUUUUUGUAGAUCUACUCGAGGAGUUGGGUCGCCAUGACUUGGUUGUGCCACACCCUCUGGUCUCCAGUGUUGGAUUUGUCGGUUGGGCAACUCAUGGGGGAUACGGGCUCCUCACCCCGAAGUAUGGCCUGGGAGCUGACCAAAUCCUCCAAGCCAAAGUGGUCGAUGCUCAGGGACUUGUUCGUGAUGCAGACGAGGACAUGUUGACCGCUAUUCGCGGUGGUGGUGGAGUACUCGGUGUGAUCGUCGAGGUUACCAUUACGGUAUACCCUCUCAGUCAGGUACUUGCCGGUAUUCUAAUGUACGAUUCCCGCGACAUAUCGGCGACCAUCAAACGAUACAAUGACGCCUAUCGUCAACAAACAGAAGAAGGACUUCCUUCGGAACUCAAUUUGUCUCAGUCUGUGAUUAAUGGUCCAACAGGCAAAGUGCUGGCAAUCCUUUUUGUUUGGGCAUCAUCAGAUGUCGACACUGGGCAGAUGUGGCUGGCCAAAGUCAGCGAAUGGUCUCCCGUGGCCACGAGUACUGUUUCCCUGACCACAAUAGCUGCAUUCCAUCACACUCUCAAAGACAUGCUUCCCACGAGGGUAUAUGGGAAGUCUUCUACCAUCAGUCUGCAAGAACUCAAUCCGCAGGUGGUGAGAGUUCUGGGCAAGUACGCACAAAUGCUGCCCAGUAACACCCCUACUCUCAUUGGAAUGCAUCAACUACGUGUUGGCACGCCGCAGCCCUCAGCGGACUCCGUUCUAGGCACCCGGAUCCCGCAUUUUGUGCUUGAGAUACUGCCCAUGGUCACAGAUUCAAACAGGCUCGAUGAAGCACUGGCGUGGGGGGUGGACUUUUACGAGGAUAUCAUGAGAACAGAUUCCGAGAACAUCCUAUCCUUCACCUUCCUUCCUCUCACCGAACCACACAAGGUCAACAUGAAGGCAAUAUACGGUGCUAAUUACGAGACCCUAAAACGCAUCCAGCAUGAUUAUGACCCGGAAAAUAUUUUCAAGCAUGCGUUGGUGCGGUUGUGA